AUGGUACGACAACAGGUGCUCGUGUGUGGUGAUGUGAACGGACAGUUCAAAGCACUGGUGAAACGAGUUAAUGAAGUCAACGAUAAGCAUGGACCAUUUGUGAUGCUAUUUUGUGUUGGCGAAUUUUUUGGCACUGAUGAUGAAACGAAUCGAAAAAUUAUCAGCGGCGAUAUCACAAUGCCUUUACCAACCUAUAUCUUAGGACCGUGUAGCCCAUCAACAUCGCGAUAUUAUCCCGAGGCUGGCUGUGAUUUCAGCGGAAAUUUGACAUUUCUUGGAAAGAAGGGUAUAUUGAAUACGGCCGAUGGCUUACAAGUGGCAUAUCUGAGUGGCGUUGAAGGACCGCAGUCUUCUUCGUUUCAGUUUGUUCGAGAUGAUAUAAAAGACUUAUUGAAUAUUGUAACAGCACGUAGUGGAUUUCUGGGAUUCGAUCUGUUGUUGACCGGUAUGUGGCCAGCUGAGGUUUCAAAAUUUUCCACGAAUUAUCCGAAACGAGAAACUGCAGGGAGUCCGUUGAUAUCACAGCUGGCAGCUGCACUGAAACCACAAUAUCAUUUUGCUGGAAUGGGCGUACAUUAUGAAAGGACACCAUACAGGAAUCACCGAAUUCUUCAAGAGCAAUCUCAGCAUGCUACACGCUUCAUUGGUCUUGCUUCGGUGAAAAAUUCAGAAAAAGAGAAAUGGCUCUACGCAUUUUCUAUAGAACCAAUUCGACAAAUGACAGUGGCCGAACGUACGAAACAACCAGAACACACUACUGAAUGUCCUUAUUUGGGAAUACUCGAACGCCUCAUUUUGGAGAAUCAUCGAAUUCUUCAAGAGCAAUCUCAGCAUGCUACACGCUUCAUUGGUCUUGCUUCGGUGAAAAAUUCAGAAAAAGAGAAAUGGCUCUACGCAUUUUCUAUAGAACCAAUUCGACAAAUGACAGUGGCCGAACGUACGAAACAACCAGAACACACCACUGAAUGUCCUUAUUUGGGAAUACUCGAACGCCUCAUUUUGGAGCUGAGAGAAAUGAAAAGAAAGCAAGAAUCCUCUGCAGAGAAAGAGCAGUAUUUCUUCGAUAUGUCAUCAUCUGCUGAGGAUCUUGUUGAUCAUGGCGGCAAACGUCCAAGAAAAAGCGAUCGCACCCCGCGGGAGCAGCAGCCUUGCUGGUUUUGUUUAUCGAACGUGGAUGCUGAACAGUAUUUGGUG